AUGUCUUCUUACUAUAACGAUCGACGAGGUGGUAAUGACGAUAAAAGAUGGAGUGCUAGUAGUUAUGAAAACUAUGCAAGACUAUAUGUUGGACGAAUCUCUAGAUCUAUCACAGAACGUGAUAUUGAUGAUGCUUUUGCAAAGUAUGGAAGGAUUCGUGAUAUUGAUAAUGGCUUUUGCUUUAUACAUUUUGAUGAUCCGAGAGAUGCGGAAGAUGCGAUGAGGGCUUUAGAUGGUGUACGUAUACCAGGGAAUGAUGAAAGAAUUAUUGUAGAAGUUGCAAGAGGUACAUAUUUACAGUUAAAGAGAUUAAGAGAAUUUGCACUUUGA